AUGUGGCGAUCAAAAAACGGCAAGACUUUGUGUAAGCUACGACCUUUCGCUCGUGAGUUCCUGCUCGAAGCCAACAAGCUGUUCCAGAUGCAUGUGUUCGAGGACUCCCACCCUAAGCAAUUGAAAGAAGUGACAUCCUUGCUUGAUCCUCAAGGAACUUACUUUGGGAAACGCAUCAUCACAUACAGAGACAGUGAGAUGAAGAAUCUAGAUUUAGUCUUGGCAGAAGAGCGUGGGGUUGUCAUCCUCGACGAUAAGCUCGAGUAUUGGUGGCCCGAGGACCACACGAACGUGCUGCAGAUCAGGCCUUACCAAUAUUUUAAACGCCGCGACAACAACAAGAAUUGGAUCACGAAAGUCGUUGAUUUGUUCAAGACAAGACAUCCAGAGUUUUCUUACGCAGAAGAGAGGAUAGAUGAGGACGCCGAGGAUGGUGGGUUGGCGAAUGCUCUUGAGUUACUGAAAGAAGUGCACCGUAAAUUCUUCACUGAGGAAGACCUAAAUUCGAGAGAUGUUAGGGCGUUGCUUUUCCCUUAG